CGUGUGACGUGUUGUUUUUUUAUUUUUCCUAGAUUAACUACCCGGGAACACUUGUCAGGCGUUUGCCCUGAGAUUUGUUCAUUCGUGUUGAAUCGUGUCACUUUUGGUGUUACAAAAGUGUACAGAAGUGUGAGCAUAAUAGUUUUAUUUAGUGUGUCGACAUUUAGAUAACAAAAAAAGAAGAAAAAGAAAAUUCAUCAAAAUGGAAGAAGGCUUGAAAGAUGUUGUUGAUAAAAUAAAUGAAAGUUUAUCAAAAAAUGAAAAUUCAACAACAGGUAGAAUACCAUCAACACCAGAAGGAAUGGCAAUUGCAUAUGCUAGUCUUGUUAUCAUGGCGGUUUUGCCAAUAUUUUUUGGUAGUUACAGAUCAGUCAAGCAUCACAAAGAACAGCAGAAACAUUAUGAAGCCAGUGGUGAAAAACCAGAAAUUAUGUCUCAACGUGAAGCAGCAAUGUUUCCACUUAUAGCAAGUGUAUCACUAUUUGGAUUGUAUUUAUUUUUUCAAUUUUUCUCAAAAGAAUAUGUUAAUUUAUUAUUAACUGGAUACUUUUUCUUCCUUGGUGUUAUUGCAAUGUGUCAUUUAAGCAGUCCAAUUGUAUCAUCACUUGUACCAGCUGCAAUUCCAAAAACAUCAUAUCACAUACAUUUUACUGAAGGUGAAGGUGAUCAAAUUCAAGAUGUUAUAUCAUAUAAAUUUAAUCUUCAUGAUGUUGUUUGUUUAAUAUGCUGUUCAAUUGUUGGAGCAUGGUAUCUCGUUCAAAAACACUGGAUUGCAAAUAAUCUAUUUGGAAUAGCAUUUGCAAUAAAUGCUGUUGAAAUGUUACAUCUUAAUAAUAUUGUAACUGGUUGUAUUCUUCUUGGUGGUUUAUUUGUUUAUGAUAUUUUUUGGGUAUUUGGUACUGAUGUUAUGGUUACUGUUGCAAAAUCAUUUGAAGCACCAAUUAAAUUAGUAUUUCCACAAGAUUUACUUGAACAUGGUUUUGGUGCUAAAAAUUUUGCAAUGCUUGGUCUUGGUGAUAUUGUUGUACCAGGUAUAUUUAUUGCAUUGUUAUUACGUUAUGAUCAAAGUAUGAAUAGAAAAUCACAUACAUAUUUUUAUUCAACAUUUUUUGCAUAUUUUAUGGGUUUAUUAAUGACAAUGUCAAUAAUGCAAUUCUUUAAUCAUGCACAACCAGCAUUAUUGUAUUUAGUACCAGCGUGUAUUGGUACACCACUUCUUAUUGGUCUUAUUAAAGGUGAUAUUAAAUCAUUAUUUUCAUAUGAGGAUCAUCCAUCUGGUGAUGAUAAUAAAAUUCAAGAUUCAACAAAAAUAACAGCAACUAAAAAAGUUGCUGUUAAUAAAAAUGAUUAAUCAUAUUCUUAUCUAUUUUUUUUUUUUUUUUUUUUAUGCUAAAUUCAAUUCAUUUUAGUGGAUAAUUUAUAAAUGGCUUAGAUACUUUAUCCACAAUUUAAAUAAAUAAAAUAUUUAUAUAAUAAAUAUUAAAUAUUUAUGAGAAAGAAGAAAUAAAAACUAUUGAAUUUUUUCACCAUCAGAAUCUCGCGAAAUACACACAUAGAUUUUCAAAUAAAAGAAAAAAAAUAAAAU